GAAUGGAAAAUAACAAGUCAGUGUGCAAUCGACGUUAACGUUCGCAUCACGUCUCUGUUGGCGCGCAUUAUCUUUGCGCGGGAAACUAUAUGUCAGGAGAAACGAGUACACCAAGGGGACAUUACUAGCCCGAGUUGACUGGCCGUUUGACAGACGAGAAAUAAAUCAAUAGACGACUGUGAAAAUGGUGCUUAUAUUUACGAGGUUAACAAAAAAAUGCGCGCAAGUGGCACUGGGAUGCAGCCGGGCAGCUCAUCAGACAGCCCUGCGAGGGACUAUCAAGCCAAGUCCACAACUAGCUGCUCUUACACCAAAGGUUCGCGCGUUCGUUGAGCGCAGCGCAUCUAUAUGCGAGCCCGAACAUGUGCACGUGUGCGACGGCUCGCCAGCGGAGGCGGCCGCGUUGUUGCAGCUUAUGCAACAACAGGGCACACUGCGUCCCCUACACAAGUAUCAAAACUGUUGGCUAGCCCGUACUGACCCCGCGGACGUGGCUCGUGUCGAGUCCAGGACUUUUAUCUGCUCUGACAAGGAGCGCGACGUGGUGCCUGCCGCUAGAGCCGGACAGAAAUCCGCUCUAGGAAACUACAUCACUCCGGGAGAUUAUGAGAAGGCUAUCUCUGAUAGAUUCCCGGGAUGUAUGCGAGGUCGCACGAUGUACGUGAUCCCAUUCUCAAUGGGUCCCGUUGGUUCUCCGUUAUCAAAGAUCGGUGUCGAAGUGACGGACUCUCCUUACGUCGUCUACUCUAUGCGCGUCAUGACAAGAAUGGGUACCACAGUGUUGGACUUGCUGCGUAAAGACGAGCAAUUCGUUCGUUGUUUGCACGCGGUGGGCAAGGCGGGCACACCGGGCUGGCCUUGCGACCCGUCCCGCACUAUCAUACUACACAAGCCUACUGACAAUGAGAUAGUCAGCUAUGGAAGCGGCUACGGCGGUAACAGUCUUCUGGGUAAGAAGUGUUUCGCGCUGCGCUUGGGCUCCGUGCUCGCGCGGAGAGAGGGCUGGCUUGCGGAACACAUGCUGAUCGUCGGUAUAACGGACCCUAAAGGUCGUAAGCGAUACAUCGCGGCUGCAUUCCCCUCAGCCUGUGGCAAGACUAACUUAGCGAUGAUGACGCCAACAUUACCCGGUUACAAAGUGGAGUGUGUCGGUGAUGAUAUCGCAUGGAUGAAGUUCGAUAGUAACGGAGUAUUGAGAGCUAUUAACCCAGAGAACGGAUUCUUUGGUGUCGCGCCUGGUACAUCAACAGCAACAAACCCAAUAGCAAUGGCAUCAAUCUUCCGUGAUACGGUGUUCACUAACGUAGCUGAGACUAGUGAUGGCGGCGUGUGGUGGGAGGGCAUGGGCAAUGCUCCUGAGAGUCUGAUAGACUGGAAGGGACAACCCUGGGACCCUAGUAAGAAGUCUUUAGCAGCCCAUCCUAACUCGCGGUUCUGCACUCCAGCGGAGCAAUGUCCGAUAAUAGACGGUCAGUGGGAGAGCGCUGAGGGCGUACCUAUCUCAGCGAUCCUGCUGGGCGGGCGGCGGCCGGCGGGCGUGCCGCUGGUGGUGGAGGCCCGAGACUGGCAGCACGGCGUCUUCAUGGGAGCCACUAUGAGGUCGGAGGCAACGGCUGCAGCUGAACACAGCGGUAAGGUAGUGAUGCACGAUCCAUUCGCGAUGCGUCCAUUCUUCGGCUAUAACUUCGGGGAGUACUUACAGCAUUGGCUGUCGAUGCCGCAGCCGGGACGCAAAAUGCCUAAAAUCUUCCAUGUUAACUGGUUCCGGAAAGACGCCCAGGGUAAAUUCCUCUGGCCCGGUUUCGGUGACAACUCCCGCGUGCUGGACUGGGUGCUCCGCCGCUGCGACGAGGAGUCUUGCCACGUGGAGACUCCGCUGGGCUACGUGCCCACGCCCGGAGCCCUGAAUACUGAUAACCUUGAAGAUAUCAACAUGAAGGAAUUGUUCAGCAUCCCUAAAGACUUCUGGAAACAAGAGGCCGAUGCAGUAGAGAAAUACUUCAAGGAUGAAGUCGGUGAAGACUUACCAAACGAAAUGUGGGACGAAUUGAAGAAAUUGAGAACAAACAUCGAAAAAUCAUAGACUAAUAUACCAAAGACAACUGAACGCAACUAUCAAACCAUAAUCUAAUAAUCGAUAAAAAUUGUACAUAAAUAUUAUUUAUAAGAACAUUCCAAUUUAAUAAAUAAGUAUUAGGAUUAAGUAGCUAAUAAAAUAUACUAAUCACAUCCUUAUCGUUAAAAAAUCAGCUAAAUUUGCAGUAAAAUGUGAACAGAUUAAUUAAAAAAAAAAAACAUAUGACUUAUUAAAAAUGCAAUGGCUGUGUUAAUUAGGAAAUAUUGUAUAUACCUUUAUGAGUGAAUUGUGUAAAAUAAAUUCAUAUUAAUCUUA